AUGAGCUAUGAGUAUACAGAUAACCCUACACUCCCAUACGAGCUCAAGCUAAUGAUCGCUCCCUCUCUGGUGCCCGGCAUAUUACGAGACGUAGAGCGGAGUUGGCUUCGCGAAAUGGCAAUGGACUAUCGUGAGUUCAACCACUUCUGCCGUCGGUCAGACGAUGAGCAAUACAGAUGGCGGACCAAGCUUGUCAUAGAGCUGUUCCCAUCAGCAGAUUUCAGUAACCCACCAGAACAGCUGAGCAACGCAAAUCUCGUCAGACAGCCGUUGACGAUGGCAGAAAAAAGGAUACUCGCACAUCGCGAUCAGUGGUCUUCAUCCGGCCACCGACCCCAAGACCCAAAACAGCUUGAUCGCCAGAUCUUUCAAGGCCUGACUGAGAUCUGGCUAGAUCUGAUCCGUACCUCAGGACUUCCUCAUUUCGUUCGGCAUGUCUGCGUCAUAGCCAAAGACAAUGACAGGCCCAGCCCAGCAUUCCGUGCCCGUGGAGUGGAUGGUCGCGCACUGGGCAACAUCACGAGUGCUCUGAAGCAUCUGGUAGGAGCUCACAACGUUGUUACCGUCUUCUAG